AAGUGGGGUCCCGUAUGUUUUGAAUCGAGAUCUUUCUGAGCGGACUGCGUGCUUCAUCGAUUCUGAGCUACAUCCACCUCCACCAUGUCCUCUGAAGACCUGAUCUCUGUCGAUUAUGAGGUUUAUGGCAGAGUGCAAGGUGUAUUUUUUCGGAAGUAUACUCAGACAGAAGCGAAGAAGCUGGGUCUGGUGGGCUGGGUGCAGAACACAGCAGCAGGAACAGUUCAGGGCCAACUGCAAGGCCCCCGCAGCAAAGUGAAGGAAAUGCAGGAGUGGCUGAAAACCACCGGCAGCCCCAAUUCACACAUCAUCAAGGCAGAAUUCACCAGCGAGAAGACCAUUGACAACCUAGAGCAUUCUUCAUUUAAAAUAGUCAAAUAGAUUACUAUCAUGGUUGUGCCUGUAAUAUUAUCUUGGAAGAAUGGCUUUAUUUAUUUAGGUUUUUUUUUUUUAUAUAUACAUAUUGAUGGGAUUGUAACACCUAAAAUAAUUGAAAGAGAUGUGUACUGUUGAUGGUUCUCUUAACAUCCACAGGCUCUGUAAUUACAUUAAUAAAUGUAACACUCCUUCAUUGGUUCAUUUUGAUUUUUUAUUCUAAUGACAGCAACUUAAAGGUGAAGAUCAUGGUUCAUACUAUUGGUUUAGUGGUAAUCGAUGGGUGAUGCUGCAUUACUUAAGUGAGCUAACAGGCUGAAAAUUAACUCUAAUGACUGCAGUGAUGGAGAUACCACAUCUAAAAGCAUUGCUUUCCAAUCUCUAUUCAGAACGGAGCUCUUUUUAUAAAAAGUAAGAUAAUGUUUUUUGCUGAGUCAAAAGAAUG